UAUUUCAUUUCGAUUUAAAACUUUCGUCGAAUUGGUUGUGUCUAUUCGAUUGCGGUUAAACUUGCAUUCACAUACAGUUUAAUUUAUUUAAAAUACUUUUGUGAAAGAAUUUUAAUGAAGUUUUAAUGUGGUGCGUUAACACAGUUGACUAAAUAUAUCUAAUCCUACAAAGAAAACGAAACGAAAAGAAAUUUCAUGUGCAAAGUGUCAAAGAAAAGUGAUUUCUGGAUUUUUGUACAUUUGAGAUUGUGUAUACACAACAGUUGUGUAUUGAAAAUGUGCACUUCGAUGAUGGAUAAUAACUUUUUGGGAAUAUAAUAGAGAAUGUUAGUGUAGUGGUGGUGAACAGCUUAGCUUGUGUCUUUAUUUAUCAACCAAACAAACAAUUCGGAUCAUACAUACAUUUCUGAAGACCACAAACAAAAAAAAAUCGUUGCCCAGACAUCAAUACGAUGACAUCAGUUGUUGUGUAUCCACAUGCUGCCACAGUAUUUGCAGCAGUUUGUGCUUGCAUCUUCAUAGUUGUUGGAGUUUUAGGAAACUUAAUAACAAUCGUUGCAUUGUUAAGAAAUUCAAAACUUCGUAGUCAUGCAACCACCGCAUUCGUUUUAUCUUUGUGCGCUUCAGAUCUACUAUUCUGUACGAUUAGUCUACCAUUGACGGCUUCACGAUAUGUGCACAAGGCGUGGACGUUUGGGGACGCACUAUGCAAACUGUUUCCGGUUAUUUUCUAUUCUAACGUAGCCGUUUCAUUGCUGAGCAUGGUCGGUAUUACAGUGAAUCGGUUCAUAUUGAUCGCAUUCCAGAAACACUACGCAAGAAUGUACCGUCCGUGGAGUAUUGCACUUCAAUUGUUACUUGUGUGGAUUUUCUCAAUUGGUAUUAUGAUACCGCCACUGUUAGAAAAAUGGGGUAAGCUGGGCUUACAAGAGGCAACCUUUUCUUGCACCAUUUUACCGAAAGACGGAAAUUCGAUCAAGAAAUUCAUAUUUGUCGUUGGCUUUCUGAUUCCUUGUGUUGUGAUCAUCACCUCCUAUUCAUGCAUUUAUUCCAUUGUCCGGAAACAGCGUCAAAAGCUCAACAAACACAAUACUGUAACCAGAAAGACGAAUGGAUCGUGCCGGAUUCGUGAUCGAGAAGAUUCUCGGUUAACUGCCAUGAUGUUCAUAAUUUUCAUCUGCUUUUUGGUAUGCUUUUUGCCGCUGAUGUUGGUGAAUGUUAUCAUGGAAGACGAUCAAUAUCCGUGGAUUCAAAUUCUGGGCUCCAUUCUGGCAUGGGCGUCGAGUGUUAUCAAUCCGUUUAUUUACGCCGCUAGUAACCGUACGUAUCGCGUGGCCUAUUAUAAAUUGUUGUCGACGCUUAAAUUCUGGGGACAGCCGUUGAGUCCCAUGCCAAGCAAAACAUUUAUACCCAGCAAAGGUUCGAGGGACGGUUCACAAAAUAACAAUUCUGGAUCGCUCAAUACGACCAAGGAGAAAGUCCAUACGUUGGACAUUAAAAAUGGAACGUCGGGAAUGGCCGUGUGAACAUAUUGUUUGCCAUGUUUCGCAGACGGAUUUCUUUUUAAGUACAAUGUUAGUGCCAAAGAGCUAAUUAAUACUAAAGUAUAAUGUGUAAAACAAGAACACCGACAAGAAGAAAAAAAAUGCCAGAACAGCAUUAGUGUAUUUGGUUACGUUUUUUUUUGUGUCUCUCAUUCAAAAGAUUGUCUUAGUGAUGUAAGGAAUUCAGAAACUAGAAUCUCAAAAUCACAUUUACUUUAAUAAUAAAAAAUAUUAGUUUUUAGUCGUAGACAGAUGUUUAGUGUUUUGAUAGACUCAGACUGAUUUUCAUAUUUUAAGUUUUAUUUUGUUAAUGAAGCAUACAAUGGAAAUAAAAACUUAACUUUCUUUGUAAUCG